GGACUGAUGCGUCCCAGCCGCUGGCCUCAGAUCUGACAUCCACCAGGAGACACUUGUGCGUUCCUCCUUCAACAUGAAUCCAACAAGACCUCCUGUUAGGCUGCAAUAAAACUGCUUGUCUUUCUUUUUGACUGUUAACCUGCACACUUCAGCGAAGCAUUUUUGCGCAGAAAGUCCUUAAAUCAAGGAAAAACAGCGCGUAAAUUUCUUCAACUUUCUGCCGCUUGGAGCCAAACGGCGGCUGGCAUCUCUGGAGAUUUUCUGCUUUUAUUUGAUCAGAGGGGAAUAUUUUGCCUUUUUUCAGCACCGACAUGGAGUACACGUCAUCUCCCAAGCCGCAGCUCUCAUCCCGGGCCAAUGCUUUCUCCAUAGCCGCCCUGAUGUCCAGCGGGAAGUCCAGCAAGGACAAGGAGGCGGAGGAGAACACCAUCAAACCUCUGGAGCAAUUCGUGGAGAAAUCCUCCUGCAACCAGCAGUCCCUGGCUGACUUGUCCUCCCUGGACGGGCACGGGGACUUCAGCGGGAACGCGCCCGCAGUGUGCACGGAGCCGCUCAUCCCCACCAAUCCCGGCAUCCCCAGCGAGGAGAUGGCCAAGAUCUCGUGCAGCCUGGAGACCAAAGAGCUUUGGGACAAAUUCCACGAGCUCGGUACUGAGAUGAUCAUCACCAAGUCUGGAAGGCGGAUGUUUCCUACCAUCCGGGUUUCUUUCUCCGGGGUUGACCAGGACUCCAAGUACAUCGUCCUGAUGGACAUCGUCCCGGUGGACAACAAGCGGUACCGCUACGCCUACCACCGCUCCUCCUGGUUGGUGGCCGGCAAGGCCGACCCUCCUCUGCCCGCCAGUAAACACCACCAAACUGGACAUUAUUCUGGAUUUUUAUCAUAUUUUCUUUCUAUAGCAAAGAUUAAGAUUAAAACAAAUCUUUUAAAUAGUCGCAUUGGUAUCAUCCUGAACUCUAUGCACAAGUAUCAGCCACGAGUUCACAUUAUCAAAAAGAAAGACCAUACCGCCUCGUUGCUCAACCUCAAAUCGGAGGAGUUUCGCACCUUUGUGUUUGUUGAGACCGUCUUUACUGCUGUCACAGCUUAUCAGAACCAGCUGAUAACUAAGCUGAAGAUCGACAGCAACCCUUUUGCCAAAGGCUUCAGGGAUUCUUCCCGGCUGACGGACAUGGAGAGGGAAAGUGUUGAGAAUCUGAUCCACAAGCACUCAUACGCCCGAUCGCCGAUCAGAACCUACGCUGGCGAUGAGGAGAACCUGAGUGAGGACGGACACACCACACACACCAGAGGCUCAGCGUUUACCGCCUCAGACAACCUCUCCCUGAGUUCCUGGGUCACCACCACCUCCGGCUUCUCAGGCUUCCAGCAUCCUCAGACCUUGUCAGCCAUGGGCACCGGAACCGCCUCCCUACCCCACCCCAUCCAAGGAUCCCUCCCCCCUUACAGCCGGCUAGGGAUGCCGCUCACACCAACUGCUUUGGCUGGAACCAUGCAGGGCAGCGGGCCUUCCUUUCCUUCCUUCCACAUGCCCCGCUACCACCACUACUUCCAGCAGGGGCCCUACGCUGCCAUCCAAGGACUUCGCCACUCCUCAACGGUCAUGACGCCCUUUGUAUGACUUUAAAGAACAGAGGGCCAGAACUAACUCUGACCAUUGAUUGGGUGCAGACCAUUAAUCCUCAUCACUCCUCAUCUGAUUUGCACCUGACCCACUGUUUUUUGUAAAUACCUGAACUGCAGCGAUUGAGAUGAGGGUCGAGAUGUGAAGAGGAACCUGCACAGUGAACCGAGACAGACUGCGCUCCUCUCUCAGGAUCUGAAUCCAAAAAACAGUUCUGUUAUAUGAAAAGACUGACAACCUCAUUGCAAACGAGAUGCAAGGCAAAUACACGUGCAUGCUUGUUUUAUUUCAGCCCUCAAGUUCAAAGUACACUUUCUAAUCGUUUUUAAACGGCUGCUGAGAUUCCUAAAAAUGACACAAGGAGAUAGAGGGAUCAUUUCAAUAUGAAGGACAUGCAGAGACGCUAUCUUCACUCCUCUGUGUGAAGGAAACCAGCCAUAUGUACAGUUCAGAAUAACAGCUCCACGAUCUGGGGAUGAUGUAGAUAUGUGUCUAAAGAAACUGAAGAAAACAAAACGCUUCACUACAUCCCUUUUCUCACUGUAAAUUACCAAAAAAAAGAGUCAUAGAUCGCAUGCUGACUGCAGUAGACAAAACAUUGCUUAACAUGUUGAAAUACAGAUAGAAGGACUGUGAGUAAGAUAGGGAAAUGUUUAUUUUUGUUCAAGGCCUGGUCAAACCGGGAAUUGCAAACCUGCUUAUCAAUGUUAUCAAUGCUCCACCAUUUAUGGCAUACAGUAAAACAUUCUUCAAAAAAAGGCAAAGGUUUUAAACUGCUAACAUUUUUAAAUCGCACCGUUUUUAUGGUUUAAAAUAUUAUAAAUAAGAUGCCAGAGUAAUUGCAUGGGGUUAAGGACCCUCCCACUCUUUGGGAGAUAGAGUAAGGCAGAACCUGUUGCCACACACUGCUGGUCAGCUGGCUGAAGGAUGGCUGUUGCAUUCUUCCCAUGCUUGGCUGUUUGGGAAUUAAAAUGGAGAGCCAGCAUUAAUUAAGCCUAUGAUGUUUUAAAUCUACAAUUGGAAAGCUAUAAACAGUAUAUCUGAUUAGCAACUAAAUGCUACACCAGCAAAGAGCAUAACUAAUACAAAUACUGCAAAAUCAAGGCAUUUUCACCGAAGGAUAAAACACUAAAAAUCCAUCUGUACAAAAUAUAUUCAAGUGUGGUACCAAAGCUGAAUAUUACUUUUUUACACAAGGAAGCUGAUACAGGAAAUAGAGACCAUAUUUCAACCUCCUUCAGUGCAGAGCAAAAUAAAAAGAAUGAAAUUAAUAAUCAUAUCGGAUCUUUAUAAUGCCAGUCUUCUUAAGAGUUAAAGGUGGCUUCAGGCAAACAGUCAGAAGAAAUAACAACAACAUAAUAGAAGAAAAACAGAAACAUCAACUGGUUAGGAUGGACUCUAUUUAGCAACUUAAGAAGAGGAGACGAACAGCUCAGACACCUGAAGCUUUAUGCUGAUGGCCUCUACAUAACAAGCUGAAAGCACCUGCAGGCAAUCCUCAGCAGGUGGAGUUGAUUCAUGGCCGUGGCAGCAUGGGCCGACAGAACAUCAACACCUUAAAAUAAUGACUCUGUGGGGCCCCAUCUAAAGCACAGAGAGAGAAGAACGGCGGAAGCAUAGAGAGCUGACCUGCAUAGUGACAGUGGCACUGUCAGGAAUUGAAAAAGAGAGACUAGAUUUGAAAAUCUGUUCUGGACAAACAACAAAAUGUUCCUGGAUAUUUGGAUUUAUUCGGUCUGUUAUAGUCUACAUGGGGAUUUUUUUUUUCACACUGGAAAAGGGCUGAAAUCACAGAAGGAUGCCAUGUACAGAAAAGAAUGGCUGGUCUUUUUACGCAUCAUUUACAGCUUUUUGUAAACAAAAAAAACAGAAAGGUGUUGCUUCUAAUAAUACUUUGUGGUUGCAUGAAGAUCUGAUUAUUCAGAGAGGUUUUAAAAGAGCCAGGUAAACAAACACUGUAAAAUGACUUGUGCAGCCUGUUUUCCAUCCAGCUUUUGGUUUGAUCUGUUCUUGGUUUGAAAGGGAGUAUAUCUUUUACAGCCUUAUCUGAUGUACAGUCAGUUUUUGAUGUAAACAUUGACACCUUUGAGUUUGAAAUUGCAGAUAAUUUUCUUAUGUUUCGUUUGACAUAAUCUGACCCUAGAAAGUUUCUUUUUUGGCUUAUUUUAAGUGCAAUAUAUUUAUUUUGCUCUGUUGAUAUGAUCUGUAAUGCCUUGUAUCACAUUUAAAGUUAUUUGUAAAAAAUCCUGAGAAAUAUAUAUAUAUAUAUUACCACCACCAAAUAUUUUGCUUUUUUUUUGCUUUUCCAGUCCUGUCACUAAAAUUCUCUGGGAAGUUUGCUUGGGGGAGAAUUUAAAUAGGUUAAUUUAUUGCUAACAUUUACAUCAGAUACACUUUCAUAAGCAGAGAUAUAUAAUAUUAUACAUAAUUUAUUUUGGGUUGGUGAAUAAAUUGUUUAGAACCACCUGCUGGACUCAUCAAUAUUUGCAGAAAUUGUGCACUUAACUUAAAGAAAAAUCUUCUCAACAUCAAAUGAAAUAACCCUUAAUUUAUGACUACCGGUACCUCUUAGUGCAAACAUACUUGACCACUUAGCUUAGGGUUGUUGUAUCUGUUUAGACCAUUCGUGUUAGCAUAAAAUACGUUUUUUGUUACCUCACUAUUACACAAAAAAGUAUGUCCAGAUAACAAAUAGGUGACACAUUUAAAUAUUGACAUGAUUAAUAUGUUUAUAGAUAAUCAAAGACAGAAUCAUCAAUAUGUUUAAAUUAUC